AGUGAGGGGAUGAUUAGUGUUGUCCAUGUGAAUAUUCAGAUCGCCCAACAGAAUGAUGUUGGGAGACAGUGAGCAGAUGUGUGUGAGAAGUGUGGUGAAUUCAUUGAUGAAGUCCUUGUUUGGUUUGGGUGGGCGGUAAAUGUUGAGUAAAACGGUUGGAGUAGGACCAUUCAGCUGUAGAGCCACAGAUUCGAAUGUCUGGGAUACUGGCAAAGAUAAUGACGAGACCUUCCAAGUCUCGCGGUGAAGUAUCGCGAGACCUCCUCCUCUUCCGGUGAGACGGGGGUGUGCGGUGUAAACAAACCCAGGUGGAACAGACUCGUUCAGAGAAAGUCCAACUUGUGGUCGAGGAGGAGGUCUUGUAGUAGCUGUCCCUUGCCUGAGAGGGAACGGAUGUUAAAUAAUCCAAACAUGACGUCGGAGUGUUGGUUGGUGAAGCUAACGUUAGCCGACCUGGCUAGGCUGGCUAACUUGGUGUGGUCCACCUUCCUGUGGGUUGGUUUUUUCUGACGACGGGUGGAGGACCAGAUGGAGUUAAUGGCAGUGGAGUCAUCGAUGCGGUGGUAUCGCCCCGCUCCGCGGUGAAUGUACCUCCGGCGGUGGCGAGCGAUGUCCGGGAAGUUGUAUAAUACAGGCGGAGGAGCAGAACGGAGGAAUCUAAAUUGGAGGAGCUCCGUGCUCAGGUAGUGGGUCAGGGGUGAUUCUGGGAGUAUUAGGAGGGACAGGACAGUCCACAGGAGCACAACGCUCACAGCAAGCUUGUAGCUCCACAUGAUCCACGGCCACGGGCAGAUGUUCGCCGAGCAGCGUAGCUGUCAGCGUUCGGGUAGGCAGGACAACAAACUCGCUUUACGCACAGUUCCUAUUAAACUAAACGGGAUGACAGUAAAUAGGUGGUCUGCUGCAAACUGUGCAGAAAAUCGUAGAAAAAUCGUCGAAAAAACAAUAAAACAACCGGAGAGCAGCGGCAGCUAGAUGCGCCAGCGUUCACUUCACUCAGUGAAUCAACAGGUGAAUGCAAUCACCAAUCACUAGACCAGUGUUCUUAUGACUUGACCAACAAAAAACUAAAAAAAAGAUGUUCAUCAGUACACCCUCCAUAUGUGCAAUAUCGUCACCAUCGCACAUAAACAUUGAUACAGUGAUUUGUCCCCGCUACACUGUUAGGCCGCUGUUGAAGAUAUAUCAGUUCUAUUUUACAAACCACUUCAGCUCCUGUGGGUGGAGAAUGCACAUCUGACUUCUUUGACUCCUCACAGCCAAUGAGAUAGGACUUCAGGGAGCGUGCACAGCAUGUUGAACAAUAGAGGGUUCUCUUUCACCGUUGUGGAUAAUCCUCACUCCGACACUGCUAAUGCUGUCAUCUGCAGGUUAACCUUUGGGUGUUAAGGAUGUCUGGCAUCAAAGGAAAGAAGUGCCGCUUUGUGACACAAAGGCGGAUUCUCUGGGUUUUAUUGACCAGCAUCAUACUGGUGCUGUACGGCUUGACGAACCCACGACAAGGAAAGAAUGGGGUCUCCCAACCAGGCACAUGUCCUCUCACUGUGGCAAAAUUAUUGGAGGCAAAUGUGAGCAUGCCUUCUCAAAGCACAAAGUCAGAAGAGUGCUCCCCCAAAGUAAACAUCAUGUUCAUGAAGACCCAUAAAACCGCUAGCAGCACCAUACUCAACAUCCUUUUCAGAUAUGGAGAACAGCACCAGUUGAAAUUCGCCUUCCCUGAUGGGCGCAAUGACUUCUUCUACCCAUCACCGUUCCUGUGCUCCCAGGUGAAGGACUACAGCCCUGGAGACUGUUUCAACAUUGUUUGUAACCACAUGCGCUUCGACCACCACGAAGUAGCCAAGCUCCUGCCUCCGGAUGCCGUGUACAUCACCAUCUUACGAGACCCGGUGUCUCUUUUUGAGUCGUCGUUCCAUUAUUAUCGCAGAGCAGUUCCUCUCACCUGGAGCAUCGACGGAGAAGACAAACUGGCAGAGUUUCUAAACAAUCCUCAGAGUUUCUACAGCACCGGCGCAUUCAACUCAUUCUACCUGAAAAAUAUGCUAUUUUUUGACUUUGGUCUGGACAACAACCUAGAGGCUGAUGAUCCCCGUGUAAUGAGUGACAUUCAUAACUUAUCCAAACAUUUUCAUCUUGUGCUCUUCGCAGAAUAUUUUGAGGAGUCUCUUGUCCUGCUUAAGGACACACUGUGUUGGACCACGGAGGACAUCCUGUAUUUUAAAAUGAACGCUCGCAGGUGCUCAUCUGUAUCUCAUCUGACCCCUGAGUUGAGAGAGAAAGCUUUACAGUGGAACGGGGCUGACUGGAGACUCUACCAGUACUUCAAUGCUACCUUCUGGGCCAGAGUAGAGGCGUAUGGGAGAGACCGAAUGAAACAGGAGGUUAGUGAGCUGAGGAGAAGGAAUUCUGAGAUGCAGGACAUCUGUAUCGAGGAUGGAGGUGCAGUCGAGGCUCAAAAGAUUCAAGACAGACGUUUCCAGCCCUGGCAGCCAAUUGGAGAGUCUUCCAUCCUGGGGUACAACAUGAAGAAAAACAUUGAUCUGAAAUUCAGGACAAUUUGUGAGAAAAUGCUCACACCUGAAAUACAAUACUUGUCAGACCUGGGUGUAAGACUGUGGCUUACUAAAACAUGGGGUUGGUUAAAAGAUGCUGUUUUUACUGUUUGACUUGGAUUCAAACAUUUAAUUUGCAAUUUAUCCUGAAACCAAAUCUUUCAGUUUUUCUUGUGAUUAAUGCAUUCUUAAUGUUAUUUCUAUGUGUAAAUUAAAAGUUAAAUUCCUCUUUA